AUGGCUCCUCAGUCGAAGUUUAACGUUGGCAUGAACGAAAAUAUAUUAAGAAAUUCUAAAUCGAAUGUUAGCAUGUCAAGUUUUACGCAACCUGACGAACAACAAGGACGUCAGCAAACAAUACCAAGUUUUUCACAAUUCGAUCGACAUCAACAAAUAAUUGUUCGUGAAAAUGUAAGCCCAGCUGUCGAACAUGUGUUAACUCCAUAUAUAGCCGUACUACAAGAGUCAAAUUCAUUAAUGAAAUUACAAAUGGCAAAAAUAGACGAGCUUAUCAAUAUGACAAAAACUUUGAUCCAUCUUCCCAAACAAUUAGAAAAGAGUGCCGCAAAAGCGGAUAAUGUUUUAAAAAUUUCAACAAAAUUACAUGCAUCAACUGUACGUUCCAAAGUUGAAGACGAGAAAUGUGAAAUGAUAAUUAAUGGAAGAGAUAUGCAAAUAGCAAAACCUGAAAAUUCUUACACGGGUACAGCACGAAACAUAGUCCGUGCUGCUUAUGGUCCAGAUGGUACUGGUUUUCAUCUGAAAGACUAA